GUACAUGUAGUGCAUCAAGAAACUGGAGGACGGCACCAUGGUGGAUGCUGGACGGGAGGAGCCAGUACACCUGUGCAAGAGUGGAGGGGAGGAGCCGAUACACCUGUGCAUGACUGAAGGGGAGGAGCCGGUACACCUGUGCAAGACUGGAGGGGAGGAGCCGGUACACCUGCGCAAGACUGGAGGGGGAGGAGCCGGUACACCUGCGCAAGACUGGAGGGGAGGAGCCGGUACACCUGCGCAAGACUGGAAGGGAGGAGCCGGUACACCUGCGCAAGACUGGAGGGGAGGAGCCGGUACACCUGCGCAAGACUGGAGGGGAGGGGCCGGUACACCUGCGCAAGACUGGAGGGGAGGGGCCGGUACACCUGCGCAAGACUGGAGGGGAGGGGCCGGUACACCUGCGCAAGACUGGAGGGGAGGGGCCGGUACACCUGCGCAAGACUGGAGGGGAGGGGCCGGUACACCUGCGCAAGACUGGAGGGGAGGGGCCGGUACACCUGCGCAAGACUGAAGGGGAGGGGACGGAACACCUGUGCAAGACUGGAGGGGAGGAGACGGAACACCUGUGCAAGACU